GACCCACGGUGCGGAGUAUGCUUAAAACCUUCUAAAAAAUUUCUGCUCCGACCCAACAGUCCCUCGACGCCACGGCUGCCUGAGACUCCUGCCGACCUCCGACUGCCAUUCCCACUCCUUCCGCCGUCGCGGCUACUGAGAUUUUCAGGAUGUCAUCAGGAGCUAGUCAACCAAAUAACAUUUCCAAGGUCCGUCUACAACCAGACCCAUUUCUUAAUGAACUCACCAACAUGUUUGAGCGAAGCACGGAAAAGGGUUCUGUCUGGGUGACACUUAAAUACUCCUCUGACAAGUCUAAGCUCCAAAGGAAUAAGAUGAAGACAGCUGGGGAGAAAAUUGAGUACAAGUGUCUUAUUCGAGCUACAGAUGGAAAAAAGACUAUAUCUACUUUGGUUGGGCAAAAAGAUCACCAGCGUUUCCAAGCUUCAUAUGCGACCAUUCUGAAAGCCCGCAUGACUGCAUUGAAGAAGAGAGAAAGAAAGGACAAGAGAAAGGCAGCAGAUUCUGAUAAGAAGCAGGGGGUUUUGAAGAAGUGAUCGGCUGCUGCUUUGCUGCUUUUCCUUUCAUUGGUUGAAGCUUCUGCACAAUUUUUGUUUCCAUAUACCGGCUGUAGAAGUUAUCUUCUUUUGGACAAUUGAGUUGUUAAAUAUGUUUAUACACCUCGACAGUUAGAAAUUAAUCACAAUUCUUCUGCGGCAUGGGAUUGGGGAAAGAGUUUUGCUUUAUUUUGUCGCCUUUUACCGUUUUUACCUGAAAUUUUACUUAAUUCUAGAUAAUAAAUUAUGAUGAAUGUUCGUUGAAAUGCAAAGAAAGUUCAAUAUAGUUCUGUUUUA